AUGAAAAGAGCCAAUGUAAAUGUAGGCGUCUUGGGGCACGUUGACAGCGGCAAGACAAGUCUUGUGCGUGCUUUAAGCACACAAUUAUCUACUGCAGCUUUAGAUAAGCAUCCUCAGAGCCAAGAUCGUGGUAUCACAUUAGAUCUGGGCUUCUCUAGCUUUUACCUCGAUCCACAUGAAGGACCAUCACUUGUUUCAAACGAUUUUGAGAGAGAUAAUUUUUUUCCGGUCGUUCCUGUAGCCGUGGGAAAUGUACAGUUGACACAAGGAAUUCCAGAGCUUGUUGAGGUGCUGAGAAACUAUUUGCAAGCUCCAGAACGUGAUACCACAGGAGUUUGUUGUCUUGCAGUGGACCAUUGCUUUGCUGUGCCAGGGAAUAGCACGGUACUGACAGGUACUGUACUAUCUGGAGCUUUUUCGAAGGGUGACGAGCUCAUGUUACUGCCGAUCAGAAUGAAGACAAAAGUCAAGACGUUGCAGGUGUGUAAACAAGAUGUAGAAACAUGUGGCCAAGUUGACCGAGUAGGAGUUCGAGUGAACGCACUCGACCCGAGUGGAGCAAAGUGUCAUACGACGGUAGGUCACACGACUGUGAUUGCUACCGCUACAUUUUUCACGCGGUUAGGAGAGUUGGAAGGAGGCGUUGAGCACGUAAACGGUGCAUUUGAUCCGUCAGCGCUGUAUGAGUACGUGCUAAAUCUCGAUAUUGAAGACAGCAGUCCAGAUAUCUAUUGCCCUCCUGCGGCGCUAGUCGUGUGCUCACGUCUUGAUCUUGACGCGAAGAAGUAUCCAUGUCGUCUGGCUUUUUAUGGCGUUGUACAAAGUGUCGUGGCGUUAAAUGAGGAGGAGCUUAAGACGCUGUAUUUUCUGUGCACCGCAGUGUAUAAUGGAAAUAAGCGCGAGGUGAUCGGUCGCGAUAUGUUCUCGAAGAAUGUGAAGUGGAGCGUGUAUCAGGGUCAAGUAGUGUUGUUUGAGCAAACACGAGCGCUGGGAAUCAUUGUUGGACCUUUUGGAAAAGCCGGCAAGUUUCGCAUUGUGAUGGUACCCACCCCCUCAUUGUGUUCGAAACCGGCUUUCGUUCCUGCUUUGGGCGAAAAGUUUGUUCUGCGCUUUCUUAAGCUGAUCAGUUUGAAACCACCCAAGCUAAAAGUAAAGUCGACAGCGAUCAGAAUGAAACAUGCUUCUACAACGCGUACUCAAUGUACUGCCAAGACUAGCGCGCGCUCGUUCGUUCAAGAAAGAGUUUUGCUCUAUCCGGAAGUAUAUACAGCUGUGGAGUCAGCGUCAGUGAUUGAAGGUAUGACACCAGAAACUGCUCAUCUCACUAUCACCGACGCGUCUGCAGAACAAGUAGAUGAAGAAAAUCGAAACAUUGAGCUUUCCGUUGUUGUUCGCCGUGGCAGAAUCGAGCGAUUAAAGGGUGAGACAACCGUGGAAGGAAGAAAUCCGUUUGCGAUUAUGUCGGGGUUAUUUUAUACCGAGCACGAAGCAAAAGAUGCUGUCGGUGCUUGA